AUGGUCAUUGUGCCAUCAAGCAUUCUUCUUCAAAGCCAUCAAAAGACAAUUACAUUGUAUAGCAGGUUCUGUUGGUCAAUUCUGCCUUCGAAGCCAGCGCAGAGGACCUCGAAGCCAGCUCCUCCUCGCCCUCCCCUUCCUGCCUUCGCUUUCCGCGGCGACGACGACGAGGAUGACAUCCAGAGGGAAAUCUCACGGCAGGCGUCCAAAAACAAGUCUCUCCGGAAGAUCGAGGAGCAGCACAAAAAGGCAAUGGAAGAGGAUCCCUCGUCCUUCGACUACGAUGGGGUUUACGACAAGAUGAAGGGGAAGAUUGCGCGCCCCAAGGUUCAGGAUCGAACGGAGAGAAAUUCAAAGUAUAUAGAAACACUUAUGGAGAAAGCAAAACAACGUGAGGGGGAACAUGAAAUUGUAUAUGAGAGGAAGCUGCUGAAAGAGAGGAGCAAGGAUGAUCACCUUUUUGCAGAUAAGGAAAAGUUUGUAACCGGUGCCUACAAGAAAAAGAUAGCAGAACAAGAAAAAUGGUUAGACGAAGAGAGGUUGCGCCAAAUUCGUGAAGAAAGAGAUGAUGUAACCAAGAAGAGUGACUUGAGCGAUUUUUACUUUGGGCUCGGUGAGAAUGUAGCUUUUGGUGCUCAGUCAGAAGAUGCCACAAAACGGAAGGAACAAAAGCUACCCGGAGGCACUUUAGCGGUACCUGAACAUGGCCCUACUGAGAAGAAUGCACAGACAGAUUAUACUCGGGAUACAGAGAAAGAUGAUACCCAAGCCAAGACUUCAAACAACUCUGAGCAAGCUGUAGAGUUAACAACAUCAGAUGUUACUGUAAAAGAUUACGAUGAUGGUGAUAAAUUGGCAGCUGUGGAUCAAUCAACUGAACGUUACACGAGAGGUGAUGACGCAUUGGCUUCAGCAAGAGAGCGUUUUUCUAACUCGAAAAAGAGCAAGAUAGCAGUUGGAAAGCAGUUGUUUCGUCUCUAUUUAGCACUUAUAUCUGGAGUUAAAAUUGGUAUUCUCUGA